AUGGGAUCCAGACUGUUCUCUCAAAUAUAAAUAAAACCCACUCUUCAUUUUAUAAUCUUAUUACUUUCUACACACUCAUUCAUCAGUCACUAUAUAAACACACACUCACAAACACUAAAACCCACAAGAUCAAAUCAAGAUCCAAGAAAAAUGAGAACCCAACUCAUCUUUCUACUCAUCUCUCUCUUAGCCUUGAACUCUGAAUCACUAAACUGCUAUGAAAAUAACCCACGAGGCCAUCCCUCAGAUCUAAGAGUGUUCCAUAUUAGCAGCCCUUGCUCUCCAUUCAAACAACCAAACACUGUCUCAUGGGAAAAAACACUCCUUAAAGACAAGGCUCGUCUCCAGUACUUGUCAAGCCUCGCCGUAAAAUCUUCGGUCCCAAUCGCCUCGGGACGUGCCAUCGUUCAGAGCCCGACUUAUAUCGUGAGGGCUAAUAUCGGGACACCAGCUCAGCCCAUGCUCGUGGCUCUUGACACUAGCAAUGACGCUGCUUGGGUUCCUUGUUCUGGCUGUGUUGGCUGUGCUUCCUCUGUUCUCUUUGACCCUUCCAAGUCAAACUCUUCCCGCACUCUUCAAUGCGAAGCUCCUCAGUGUAAACAGGCUCCAAACCCAACGUGCACCGUAGGCAAAUCAUGUGGUUUCAAUAUGACUUAUGGUGGAUCAGCCAUCACAGCAUCUCUGACACAAGAUACACUAACACUAGCCAAUGACGUCAUCCCAAACUACACUUUUGGUUGCAUCAACCAAGCCACUGGAACAUCGUUGCCAGCGCAAGGACUCAUGGGUUUAGGUCGUGGUCCAUUGUCUUUAAUCUCACAGACACAAAGUCUUUAUAUGUCCACGUUCUCGUAUUGCUUGCCUAAUAGUAAGUCCAGCAACUUCUCGGGAUCGUUGAGAUUGGGACCUAAGUUUCAACCACUUAGGAUCAAGACAACUCCAUUGUUGAAGAACCCUAGGAGGUCCUCUCUUUAUUAUGUUAACUUGGUCGGGAUUCGUGUCGGGAAUAAGAUUGUGGAUAUUCCUACAAGUGCACUCGCCUUUGAUCCGGCCACAGGAGCUGGCACCAUCUUUGACUCUGGAACGGUCUUCACGAGGCUAGUUGAACCAGCUUACCUUGCCGUAAGAGAUGAGUUCAGACGACGCGUCAAGAACGCAAACGCAACAUCACUCGGAGGUUUUGACACUUGCUACUCCGGCUCUGUUGUCUUCCCACCUGUCACGUUUAUGUUUGCGGGAAUGAACGUGACUCUGCCUCCGGACAAUCUUCUCAUCCACAGCUCCUCCGGCAACACCAGUUGCCUCGCCAUGGCCGCAGCUCCGAACAACGUAAACUCUGUCCUUAACGUUAUCGCUAGUAUGCAGCAGCAGAACCACCGUGUCCUCAUCGACGUACCCAAUUCCAGGCUCGGCAUUUCCCGUGAAACAUGCACCUAAUUAAAAUAUAAGCGUGGUUGUGUUUUUGUACUAUCUAUCUAUCGCGUUUUGAACUUCUUGAGUUUGGAAACAAUAUAAAUUGAAGAUUUUUGUGUGUGUUUGAUUA